CAAAGAAAUUGCUAUAGAGAAACUUCGUUGGUUCUGUAAUGACCUAGAGAAUCUUUUAAAACAAGAUGAUCAUGCAUUAAAUAAUAGUGUUCAAAAUUGGGAUGCAGGUCGAGUUAACAGUAAAAUUAAUCAACGUGGAGGAAAAAGAAUACAUGUUCAAGUUGCUGCUGCUUCACGAUGUAGAGUUGGUUUAAGCCGUGAACUUAAAAAAUCUGCCAAGGAAGGCCAAAAAACAUUCAA